CCUUAACUGACUACAACCCGCCUACGGAGAAUCAGGCAGCUGACCCCACUGAGUCAGCCCUGAAUAAUGGCGCUAAAACUGCUGACGGCAAUCUUUGUAAUGGGCGCGACCCAUGGACCUUCAACAUACGGAGGAGUAUUUUCUCUCUCCACAAUUGACUUUUCCCCAUCCAAUCCACACACACCCAACAGCAGCCAAAAAGAAUAGUUUUGAUUAUGAUUACUUACUUUAUGCUAAGCUAAACCAACUAAACUUAAUUCAACUAACCCAAAACCAUCAGCUUACCCAAAUCAUUAUAAGAAGUUGACUAACCACCAUCACAUCUUCCCCAUCCCCCAUUCCAUACCAUCGUAGCACCUUCUAUAUCAUUCGCACUGCCCUCGCAGACAACCUUAUAAAAGGCCGCUCACAGGACCACAUGAAACUCCUCGUUUCGUUUUUCAUCGCUAUCAUUGCUAUUGUCUUGACUUGCAAUACAUCUACUUUCACUAGAUACUUUACAUCUACCACCAACACCAACACCAACACCACGAACACAACCAUCACACCCAACAACACACAUACUACAAACCUCACCAACAUGUCCCUCCCCCGCGCCAUCCGCCAAGCCUUCCUGGCUAUCGAACAAGCCGAAGGCGCCGGCGCCCGCGUCCGCCGCUCCAUCGGCACACGCAACCUCCGCAACUUCAGCCCCUUCCUCAUGCUAGACCACUUCACCAUCGGCAAAGGCGCCGGUUUCCCGGACCACCCGCACCGAGGCCAAGAAACCAUCACAUACCUACUCUCAGGCGGAGUCGACCAUGAAGACUUCGCCGGAAACCGAGGCACCAUUGGCCCUGGCGAUCUCCAAUUCAUGACCGCCGGACGAGGCAUCAUGCACGCGGAGAUGCCGCACGAGAACCCGGACGGCAGUCCCAACGUCGGCAUGCAGCUCUGGGUGGACCUGCCCAAGGAGCUGAAGAUGUGCGAGCCGCGGUACCGCGAUCUGCGGGCGUCGGAGAUCCCCAUUGCCACAGCGGAUGACGGGCGCGUCACGGUGAAGGUCAUCUCCGGGCAGUCGCAUGGAGUUGAUUCGGUACGGGAUCUGGCGUACACGCCUGUUUGGCUGUUGGAUGUGACGGUGAAGCCUGGGGGCCGUGUGAAGCAGGUGCUCCCCGUGGGGUGGAACGCGUUUGCGUAUACGUUGGCCGGGAAGACGAUUUUCGGGUCCGGCGGGGAGACGAAGACCAUUAAGGAGUUUCAUAAUGUGGUGUUUGAGCAGAAGGGCGAUUUCGUCGAGGCGUCGGUUCCCGAGAAUGCGGAUGAGGAAGGAAGGUUCCUUUUGGUGGCGGGGCAGCCGUUGGAUCAGAAGGUCGUGCAGUAUGGCCCGUUUGUGGUCACCAGUGAGCAGGAGGUGUAUCAGGCGAUGGUGGACUUCCAGACUGCGUCGAAUGGGUUUGAGAAGUCCAGGAAUUGGGAGAGUGAGAUUGGGAAGCGCAUGGCUUAUUAGAUUCGGUUGAUGUGUUAACUUCAUACUACUAGAUGAGUUUUGUAUAGCUGUAUUGGCGUUUGGUUUGAGUUUUGUGGAUGUGUAUAUAGAUCACUUAAUACCAUCAUGAGUGAUGAGUCCAGUGGAAUUUUCUUUGAGUAGAGAUACUUUUAUGGUAGAC